AUGGAUUUGAAUAGACUCAAAUCCUUUGAUGCAUAUGCAAAAACUUUAGACGAUUUUCGUUUGAAGACAUCAUCCGGCGGUCUCAUCACUAUUAUUAGUACAAUAGUUAUUAUUCUAUUAUUUUUUUAUGAACUACGUUACUAUUUAACAACAGAAGUUUCUCAAGUAUUAUUUGUUGACACAAGUCGUGGCGAAAAAAUGAAUAUUACUCUAGACAUUGUAUUUCCCGUUUUACCGUGUAGUUAUUUGACUGUUGAUGCUAUGGAUGUGUCAGGAGAAACUCAAACAGAUAUUGUACAUAACUUAUUUAAAACACGAUUGGAUUUAGAUGGUCAACCGCUAAAUUCUCAACCAAUGAAAGCGUCUCUGGAGCCUUUACCAAAAUUAAAGCAACCCAAUACAACAAUCGCAGAUGAUUUAUCACAUGACAUACAAAAACGUCAAGUUGAAACACUAACAACAUUGCCAGAAUGUGAAACAUGUUACGGAGCAGAAACGCCUCAUCAACAAUGUUGUCCAACGUGCGAUGAUGUGAAAACAGCUUAUAGAAUCAAAGGCUGGGCAUUUGAUCCAUCAACUGUCGCACAGUGCUUACGAGAAGGACGUGCUGUUGGUAUGGCUAGUUUAGAUAGCGAUAACUUAACAAAGAUGAAUGAAGGUUGUCGUGUUCACGGAUUUUUGGAAGUUAAUAAAGUGGCUGGAAAUUUUCAUAUAGCACCAGGAAUGAGUUACCAACAACACCAUGUUCAUGUUCAUUCCUUAAAAAAUAUCAGAUUAAAUAUGUUAAAUACAUCACAUAAUAUACAUGAAUUAAGCUUUGGUCAAAAAUAUCAUCAACAAAUCAAUCCAUUAUCAAAUACAAGCCAAAUAACAAGUAAUUCGAAUGAUGGAGGUGGUGUCUUGUUCCAUUAUUAUGUUAAAAUCGUUCCAACUUCUUAUGUUUAUCUGAAUAAUACACAAAUAAUGACGAAUCAAUAUUCAGUCACCAAACAUCGUAAAAAUAUUCAAAAAUUGUUAGACGCUUCGGAUCAUAUGUUACCUGGUUUUUUUGUUACAUAUGAAAUUUCACCAAUGAUGGUUAAAUUAAUCGAACAACGACGAUCAUUCGCACAUUUUAUAACAAGCGUUUGCGCAAUAAUUGGUGGCGUUUUUACCGUGGCGAGUUUAUUAGAUGCAUUUGUUUAUCGUAGUAGUUGUUUAUUGCUCAAAAAGUUAGAACUCGGCAAAGCAAGUUAA